GAUCUCUCCAUGCUAUGAUUUAAGACGCGACGGUGUAUCGUCAGAGGUGAUGCACCGCUGAAACUCUAUCGGAACACUCUCAUAAAACGUCAAGUCAGUAAUGACUACUGUUAUUGAACUGCCCCGAGCAGGUAGCGAAGGUAAAGAAUCUCAGCGCAUGCCCGCAAACUACGGUGUAUUGAACCUGACGCUCUAGAUUCUGCAAAAGUCAUCGUAGGCCACCAUCGCCGUUACUCUCAUACCGCUGAAGACGAUCAACUUGUCGUGCUUGAAAAGAUGCCACAGGAUAAGGUCCCGCUGCCGGAAACCGCUUUCCUCUCCCUCCAUCCUCUCGAGCCAGUCUUACAAUUUGAGACAGCAGGGGCUGCUGAAAGCUUCAGGGAAAAAUGUCCAUUCGCAAGAAUUCUCUAUCCCGUUACGCAUCCGAAUUGGGUAUAUAUCACGCUACCGAAAGGUCUGCUCGGCGUUUUCACAAAGCAUGGGAGGAUGGGCUUUGCAUUCGAACACUAUACCGACGCGAAGUUCUUCGAUUGCUCGAUAAAAGGUGUCGGUGACAUUCGCGAGGGAUUCGAUCACAAGCACUGGAAGGUAUAUGUGCCGAAGGAGAAAUGGUAAUGCAGCUCACACUCUCGUCGUGAAUGCUACAAUAUGGAGAGAGCGCAAGCACGAAAUUGAAGGGCGGCACACUCUAGCAUCCUCUUUGUGAUUCCAAUCACGGCACGAUUCUUGCCGUCCAACUGAAAUACUAGCGGCCAUUUUCUGUCUCUACUGUACCGGACAGACUUCAUUUUAUGUAGAGACAUGCCGGUGCCACGAUGUGCGAUCUGUUCCACGCAUAGGUAUUUACACAGAGUAUCCCGAUGCAAAACGGGAAUACCUUACAAAAAUCCUCUAGUUACAGCCUCCUGAAUACCUUGAUACCAGAUACUAGCCAUCUUUUG